AUGCAUUUCGAAGAUGGCCUCCGAGAUGAGUUACGAGUCUUGAUAGCUUCGCAGAGGAAGCGCUCUGAGAGCAAAAACCAAGAGAAGGAUAGGAGUAGAAAUAAGAGGGAUUCAGAGUCUUUAGGUCCGUUUGGUGGGUCUCAAGAAGAUUGUGGGAGACAUCACCUGGGUGAGUGUUGGAAGAAGAUUGGGGCAUGUUUCAUAUGUGGGUCUAUGGAGCAUCAAGUUAAGAAUUAUCCUCAGAGACCUGUUCAGAUGCAAGGGAUAAGACAGGGUUAUGUACAGCCAGCGAGAGGUGUUCAACAGCCACCGAAAGGCCGUGGUCAGGCCAAAGGUGGAAAUGGUAUAGAGCGAGGUCGUGGUGCACCUGGCAGAGGUGCUGGUAAUACUGAGGAAUGUGCCCAAGAGAUUCAAGGAGUAAUCUUUCCAGCGAAUUUGAUGGAGCUACCGUUUGGUGAAUUCAACCUUAUCUUGGGGAUGGAUUGGCUGGUUAAAUAUCGUGCAAGUUUGGAUUGUGCUGCUAAGCAUAUGGUGUUGAAGAAUACUGAGGAUGAGGAGGUGGUUGUGAUUAGGGAGCGAAGGGGCUAUCUAUCAAAUGUAAUCUCUGCACUAAAGGCCGAGAAAUUUGUUCGCAAGGGUUGUGAGGCGUUUCUAGCCUACAUUGGUGUAUCUGAUUCUGAGGGUUCUUUGGUCGAAGGUAUUAGAACUGUUAAGGAAUUUCCUGAUGUAUUUCCUGAUAAACUCCUUGGGUUGCCUCCGUGUCGUGAGGUCGAGUUUAGUAUUGAGCUCCUACCGGAAACAGCUCUAGUGUCUAUCGCCCCUUAUAGGAUGGCAAUGAAGGAGCUGGUGGAGUUAAAAGCUCAAAUUCAAGAACUACUGAACCGAGGGUUUAUUCGACCCAGUGUGUCUCCAUGGGGAGCACCAAUGUUGUUCAUGAAGAAAAAGGAUGGAUCUAUGCUUCCUAGUGAUGCCGUUUGGGCUGAUGAAUGCACCACCUACCUUUAUAGAUCUGAUGAACCGAGUGUUCCAGCCCUAUCUAGAUCGGUUCGUGAUAUAGAUGAUAUCCUGGUGUAUUUGAGAACUGAGAAAGAACAUGAUGCGCAUCUCCGUGUUGUUCUGCAGAGUUUAAGGGAGAAGCAGUUAUAUGCUAAGUUCAAAAAAUGUCUGAUUGGAUAUUACAAGCGCUUUGUGGAGGAGUUUUCACUAAUUGCUGCACCUCUGACUAAGUUACUACGUAAAGGAGUACCAUUUGAUUGGAGUGAUAGACAGCAAGAAAGUUUCGAGAAACUAAAGAAGGUUUUAACUGAGGCCCCUGUUUUGAUACAGCCAGAAUAUGGGAAGGAAUUCACUAUUUUUAGCAAUGCAUCGCACGUUGGUUUGGGCUGUGUGUUGAUGCAAGAGGGUAAGGUGGCUGCUUACGCGUCUAGUCAGCUUAAAACCCAUGAGGCGAAUUACCCUACGCAUGAAUUGGAAUUAGCCGUGGUGGUAUUUGCUCUAAAAAUCUGA